AUGGAGGGCGGUACACAACACACUGCAGGAGGCCAAGUGCCAGAUGUGACACUUUGGAAUGCCUACCACGCCGGCAAGCCAAUCUCUCAGGUGCACAAGCAACCUUGCGUGCGGGAUUCGUUCAUGGUGGGCAUUGGCAGUGGUUUCGCAACUGGAGGUCUCCGGGCGAUAUUUGGAGCGUCUGUGUGGAAGUCUUGCAAUUGGGCUGUGGGAAGUGCGACAUUGGGCACUCUUGUCAUGUACCAAUACUGCCAAUAUCGAAGACAGGCCGAGAAGGCCGGCAUGACACGUGCCGUCGAGAUUCUACACAAAAAGGAGCUUGAGAAGCAAGCGCGCGCGCAGCGCAAGGCCAAAUUGAUAGAAGAGCGUCGCGAGGCAAAGGAUAAAGAGCAGGAUGUGGCUUUGGCGAAUCUUCAGGCAAAAUCAGAAGGACGACCAUGGUGGAAGGUUUGGUGA